AUGUAUACAACUGUACCAUCCGCUCUUCUUCCUUCUGCACUUGCCGCUCCGUUGAUCAACGUCGACAGAGCAAAUGCCAUUACCGAGAAAUGGAUCGAGAAGCUCAAAGGCGAUGUUACAUCGCAACCUGAAGAUGGCUUGAGGGCUUCGAUAUCCACCAAGCCCGAUUGGAAAUAUGCGAUGCCUGGUUUCGGAGGUCUUGCUGGCAAUAUUUAUGACCAGGAACUUGCUCGACUCCAAGCUUCUGAGCAUUACGUCCAGCAGGACGCUAGGGUCCGUGAAUCUGAGAUAGUGCAACAGCUGAACGCUUCAUGGGGCUUGGCUCGUCUCUCGCACGCCGAGCCAUAUCAAACUAAUUAUCUUUACGACUCCAUUGCCGGUGAGAGUACAUGCGCUCUGUGUGAACAGAUGCUCGCUGACGCUUCGACGGGUGCCUACUUCCUGGCAGACUUCAGCAAUGAGGGAGAUAUGAUCGACGGCCAAGGACAUGGUACUCAUGUUGCUGGUACAAUCGGCUCCGCUACAUGA